UUCCUGUUUUCAGGUCUCCAGGAAAACCUGGGAAGUAAAGGUUCUUUAGGUUUAGGAAGAUUUCCCGGAGAUGACUGUAUAUCGGCCAACCCCACAGACAAGUUUGGCAUAUUCCCGACCAAGGUGAUCUGUUCCAAAGACUUCAAAGGGGAUUGUAAUGAUAUCCUGAACGGCCCGGUAGAUACCCACAAACCGAACGGUGUAUAUGGCAUACGGCUGGUCAAAUACCAUCUUAUCUUCACCUUUUGUGUCAUGGAGUUUCCGGGAGGUCAGGAAGGUCUUAAAGGUGGUUGGACGGUAAUACAACGAAGAUCACAAGGUAACACGAACUUUAACAGCAGCAGGGAAGGCUACAAAUUUGGCUUCGGCGACCCUACCGAGGGGCAAGACUUUUGGCUAGGCAUUGAAAACAUCUUUCGACUUACCAAUGCGGCGAAUGUAGAACCCUACACACUCCGUGUUGAACUGACCAGUAGAAUCGGAGGGUUUAGGUACGCAGAGUACACAAACUUCCAGAUCGAGGACGAGACUAACAACUAUAAACUCGUCAUCGGUACCUACACGGGCACGGCGGGCGACGCCAUGCGCACGCAGAACGGAACCGAGUUCAGGAUCAACGGCGGUGAUCACGCCAGGCUAGUGUAUAAUAGCUGUGACGUCAACAUACAGUCAGGUGGUUGGUGGAUCAACGACUGUAACCAUGCCAACCUGAACAGUGUACAUGGUAUUACCUGGGAUACCCAGUCUGACGGAUCUGACAACAAUGACCCAAUUACUCUAGCUCGAAUGAUGAUUAAACGAAAAAAUCUAUAAAUUCAAGAAUUGAGUUUUGUUGUUUGAUGUAUUCACGAGAAAAAAUCGUGAUAAUUUCCGGAAAACAAAUAUUAUUAAUGAAGAUGAAUACAAAAAUUACUGGAUUGUUUUUUGUUUUUGUUUUUAUUAUACUGUUUACAACUCAUAUCCAAUCUAUGGCGUUGAAUAUUAAGGACAAUGAAACUGACAUCUGUGUCAAUGCGAGAUUUGAAUUUUCUGUCGUAGUUGUACUGUGAUGAAUAUGUAUUCUGGCUAGGCGAUUGUUUGCCUUAGAUCGUGAGUUCGAGGCCCGGUCAGGGCACGAGUCAUAAAUUAAAGUUGUCUUCCUUCGUCAAUUGUGUUACUAUGGUACCAUAUGUAUAUGUAUAAAGAAAGAGAAAAAAUCGACAACUCGUCAUUAGCGCUUUCGUCGCAUCUCAGCUAUUAUUCGGAAAUGCGACGAACGCGCUAAAGACAUGCUGUCGAGUUUUGCUUUAUGUAUUACUUUGUCCGUAGUUAUCAUAUUUAACGAUUUUAUCAUAUAUAUAUACAACAAAGAAACAGAUAAAACGUAUUAAAAGAUAAAGUGCUUUAUUUAUGUUCUUUUCCUUUUCCCUCUACUACGGCUAUAUUAGCGAUAUUUCCCCCUCUACUACGGUAUACGAGGGGUGAUUAAUAUGUUGUUCGCCUCGUAUUGAAGGAGGUACUCAAUGAUG